AUGGUCAACGAAGCGGAGGUGGUGGAGAAGAAGCUUGGAAUGAGCCUGGACGAGCUCAUUGCGGAGCAGAAGAAGAAGCAGGGCAGCCGGCCGGCAGGCGGAGCCAAGAAGAAGACGAUCCAAACCAAGGGCAACGGCCGGGUGCUAGUGGUGCCUCGGCCCAAGCACGUGCCACGCCCCAGCCCCAAGGCGGGCCUGAAGGGCACUCGUGGCGGCGGCGUGGCCAAGCACGGCCCCGCGCCCAAGUUUUACGGCUCGCGGCAACAGGGUGGCAGCGCGCAGGCCGUCAACCGCAACGUCAAGGUCACGAUCGGCAACAAGCUGAGCGGCCGCGCCCCGUCCCACCUCCCCACCAGCGGAGUGCUGAGCAAGCCGUUUGGCGGCGGCGGCAGCGGCGCGCCUCGCGGCGGCGGUCGCGCCCCCAUGCAGCUGGAGGCACCGCAUGGAGCCAGCCUGGCGGCACGCUUUGACACGCUGUCCGGCGCGCCCACCAGCGGCCCAACUCGCGCCACCGGCCAGCCGCGCCGCAACGCGCACGGCGUCAUCAUCCCUUGA